CCCCUGUGCCAGUAGUCAUCAUGGAUGACUAUCCCAUCCAGGGCCUGUUGGCCCUUUCCGUCUUGAUGGGGCCGCUGUUCCGGUUGAUGUUCCCUUUGGGGUUCGGACGGGUAUGUACGUCCCGCAUGUUUAUGCGGUCAGGGACGGUGAAGCCUGGCCCCACACCUGCGGAGCAAGCAAAAAUUGACCGCAGGCUGGCAAAAAAGAAAAAAGAAAAGGAAGCGAAGAAGAAACAGAAAGAAGAAGAAGCCAAGAGGAAGAUGAAAGAGAAAAUGGAUAAAGAACUUGAAGAAGAAUUGAAAAGUAUUCAGGAAGAAGAUGAAGAAGAAGAAGAAGAAGAACAGGAGGAAAGAGGAGCAUUGCAAAGACGUCGUCAACUAGACAUACCUGAGAGUAGCUCAGCAGAUCGGCUCCCGGUUGAACCGAUGGAUUGGGCCGAUAAGUACUACUACUUCAGCGAACCAUUAAAAGAAUCUGAUGAAGAACGGGAUAAGUUUAUCGCAAAGUUGGCCACUGUAACAGACACUGUUGAACGCAACCUGCUGAUGGCAGAAAAAAGGGCUAAACUGAAUGCCAGGUUGUUAGCUUCCAGACGGCAAGAGCUAGAGGAAAAGAAAAGACUGCAAGCAGAAGGGGAGAAAUUGCAGAAAGCUCUAGAAGCACAAAAGGAAAACCCCUCUGAAACCGAACCACAGCUUGCUCUCCUCAAGGAGACAGUCCUCAACACAAGGCAAGAUAUGAAUUUAAUGCAUCAGACCCUACAGAGAGUUGAAGCGCAUCGAGUUGAAUUCGAAAAUGUCUGGAAUAACUUCUUGGAAAAGGCAGCCAAAGACGUUGACCAACAUGUGCAAACUUAUAUUAAAGUUUUGGAUGAACAUGUUACUAAGACAGUUACCCCGGAAGUCAUAGAGAAGAUUGUAAAGGGGGCUGGAGGCGACGGAGGAAAUGAAGAUGACGACGGCGAUGAUGACAAGAAAGGGAAAAACAAGAUUGGAGAUCCAAAAGAAAAACUUCCUCAGGAAACCGGGCAGGUUAGCAAGAUAAAACUUAAACUGCCGUGGACUUACAAUGGAAAAAAGGAAGAAAGUGUUCUGCAUUGGGCCGCAGCAAUCGAAACCUAUGUGUACGGCCAGCGUAUCCCAUAUUGGGACAGGGUAUUAAUGGCAACUUCAUGCAUGGGAGGCGAUGCCAUGAGCUUCGCCAUCUCGCUGCAAAAAGAGGAGGGAUGCAGCUCUAUGCUAGAGUAUUCGCAGCAAACGCGAAUUGAAGAUUUCCUCAAGUUAAUAAGAGAAAGAUUCGAGGACAAGAAUUUGGCGAGGCGCACAGAAAUGUUAAUCCUCAGCCUUCCGGAUAGGAAAUGGAAAAGUACCUCUGCCCUGAAGGCAACUAUGGAUGAAUUGUUGCAAUGGCCUGAUCACGGAUUGACGCCGGCCCAGAUCUUGAACAGUUUUGCACGAGCACUUCUGGAUCCCCUACGAACCCAACUCUAUCCCCGCACUAAAGAAGAGGGGAUGACAUAUGAGAAGUUCGGCAAGAUCGCAAUAGAUCACGCCGGCUUCCUUGCCGAAGCAAAUUAUUGCCAUUAUUGGAACGAUCUGCAAGCGGGUAAGAGAUGGCAAAACCGCACUAUCUCAGGGUCUAUACCUGGGAAAGACAGUCUCCUUCUAACCUUUGAAGAAGGAGGCGCCGAGACCAUCUCCUGGGAUCAGGUACGUGCCCAGUUUGAUUUGAAAGCAAUUCAUGAUGCUAUCGAAUCAGCUGAGACUGGCACCGACUUCUUGAAGGUUCAGAAUGAACUCGUCAAGUAUCGUCAGGCACAUGAUAAGAUUAUUAUGGAACAACUUGCAAAGAUCUCAGAACAAAAGGAAGAGAAAGAAGUUGAUGUGACUGAAGAAACCGUGGAUGAGAACAUCAGACAAUUGGAAGAAGCACUUGAGAGAGAAAAGCAGAGGAAACAAGAAAUGAGAAGGCAUAAAGAAAGAAAUGUACAGCAAGAACAAAAAGUGGGAAAAGUUAGACAUACUGUUAUUCACACUGAAGAGGAAGAACAUGCAAUUUCUUUGGCCCAACUUGUGAAUUACCUUGCCCACUUGGAAAUGAAAAUAGAGCGGAUGCAGUCCCAAAUUGAUGACGUGGCCUCAGGACUCCGGACAGUCACGAAUUUGGUCAAGGGAAAGGAACAGGUCAAGGAAGAAAAGACUAAAAAGCGAGAGAAACUCAUGGGAGACGCCAUGAAGUCUCUCAAGGUAGAAACAAAGAAGACGGAAGAGAAACCAGAAACAAAGAAAGGGGAGCCUUCGAGUCCGCCGUCUUCUUCUCCCAGCUCCUCUCCUUCCUCUCCUCCAAAGUCUCCUUCUCCGAAAUCACAGGACAAAGUAACCACACAACCGGAGAAACCCAAGAAGAAGGAGAAAGUUAAAAUGAAAUUGUCUUUCACGUUUUGUAAUAAGAAAGACGAAAAUCUGCUUUUGUGGAUCACAGAGAUUCAAACGUACUGUAGAACGGCCCCUGUCGAACCCGAAUCCCAGGUUGCCUUCUCUACUUCUUGUCUUGGUGGGGAAGCUAAGGAGUGGGUUUUGGCCAAAGCCAAUGCCACAGGGUUCGAUGACUUCGGGGAGUGGGCUGGAACUUUGAACCUCAAACAGCUCCUUGGGAAGAUCAAGGAACGGUUUCUGGACAAAACAACGACCGAUGAGGCCUUUGACCAGCUCACCACGAUUGGUCAAAGACAUUGGACCUCUAUGGAGUCGUUAUCUCGGGAAUUUGAUCAUUUGCUGCAGGUUCCGGGACUGAACCUGCAAGACAACCAGGUCUUGUACAUCUAUUCCCAUGCUCUGCCCGAGACCAUUCGUGGACAACUCGUGGCAAAGUCCAAGUCUGGAAAGUAUAAUUAUAGGCAGUUUCGGGAUCUGGCUCUUCAACGAGAGCAAAUGACCUCGCAGGUUAAGAACUCUUAUGCAUCUGUUGUGAAAUAUGGUGGUGGUGCAGGAACAGGGAAGCGAAUACUUUGGCGCCAAAAGCGCCAGGAUCACACCCUUGUCGUCUUUGAUGACGUUACCGUAGAGAAUUGGCCAUUGGAGGUCGAGGGUGUGACAAGCAGCAGUGAUUCUGGGAAGGGGGAAGUCACUGUUGUCGUGGUCAACAAGGGAGGACCACGACCGCCGGUUAAGAAGAAGAAGUCACGCUCGUUCCCAGAGCACCCCGAAAUUGCGGUCGGAAAGCCUUGGGAGAAGAUGGGCCUGUCACAAGAAACGUGUCAGGAACGAAUGGACAACGCGCAAUGCCUGAAGUGUGGCAUUGCAGGGCAUGUAAUUGCAUGGUGCCCGUUGAUUCGAAACCCAAAAGCGAGCCGCCAGUAGGAGUAGCAUCUGCUCCUACUGAGUCUAAGUGUUUGGACAAAGAUGAAGGUAAGGCGCCGACUAACCCUUCC